AUGUCGUCGUCGCACGGUGGUCGCUGGUUCGUCGCAGAGGGAGAAGGACGGAACGUGUAUCGUAACAGAGAAACUAAUAAAGGGUACGUCGUGGACUAUUCGGUAAACGAAGCAGUCGCCUCAACUGACGCCCUCGUCCCUUCGUCGCACACUUUCGCAGCAUCGUCGCGAUCCGACGUGGCGUCGCCUCGAAUCGUCGCACAGGGAGCGGAAUGGGCGGACGACUUCCCGCUCUCGUUCAACAGCUUCCCCGCCCCGCCCAACCCUCGUCGCACAGGGAGCGGAAUUGCCGCUAGCUUCACCCCCGCGUGGCCCAACGCGCGCCUGGAAGGGCCGGGGGGAGCGUGGGCGGUGCCCGUGUGGGUGGAAAUAGCGGCGACGGCGGAGAGGGGAGCGGGCGGGGAUGGGGGGGAGGGCGGGGCUGGUGUGCGGGGAGGCGGAAGCGACGGUGUGGUUGCCGGGGGUGGCGGAGCGGCGGGAGCGGGUGACGGAGGCGGAGGGGGGAGCGGGCGCGGGGACGAGGAGCUGCUGUGCCCCGACUGCCGCGCGCCCCUCUCGCUCCUCUCUUUCCCCGCGCUUGCCUUCCCCCAUUCCCCCUCCUCCCCGUCCGCGUCCGCGCUAUCUCCGCCCAUGUCCGCGGCGGAGGCGCGCGCGAGCGGGCGCGCGGUGCUGUUCUGCCGCCAAUGCCAGCGAUUCACCGACAGGCCGGUGGCGGGAGGGACAGGGGAGGCGGAGAAUGGGCGGAAGGGGAAAGACGAGGGGCAGCCGCAGGUGACGGCGGAAGGGCAGUGCGCAAGCGGGGGGAAGGGGGAAGGAUUGGGGAAGGGCAAGGCCGGGGGGGGCGCGAGAGUGGGGGAGUUUGUGGAGGCGGACUGGUAUGAAGCGGACUGGAAACAUGUCUUCCCCCUUUCCGCCGUCACUCCCCCCGAGCCCCCCGCCUCUGACGCGUGGCAGUGGUCCCGCUUUGGGCGGCAACUUAGCCGCCAAGACGGCCGCCCGGGCGGCAGGUCUGCGCGCAGCGAGCUGGACGGGAUGAUGGGCGGGGCGAGCGGGGGGGAAGGGGGGAGCGCGCGGAGGGAUGCGCGGGAGGAGUAUGUGAAUCGGUUCAAGGCGAAGCACAACUGGGGAGGGGCGAAUCUGGGGGAGAAUCUGCCCACGCCCAAGCAGAUCCGGGCAGCUCUGGAUGAAUUUGUGAUCGGGCAGGAUAAUGCGAAAAAGGUUUUGGCAGUGGCAGUUUACAAUCACUACAAGCGCAUCUUUCUUGAAAACCAGAAGCGGGAAAGACUUGCCAACCUGCCAGAGGGGGCGUGCGAGAACCUGGUGGGGGGCGGUGAGGAGGACGAGGUGGAGGUGGAGAAGAGCAACGUGCUGCUGAUGGGUCCCACGGGUUCAGGCAAGACCCUACUGGCCAAGACUCUGGCUCGGUUUGUCAACGUGCCAUUCGCCAUUGCUGAUGCCACCACUCUCACUCAGGCUGGUUAUGUGGGAGAGGACGUGGAGAUGAUUCUCUAUAAGCUGCUGCAGGCGGGGUAUGUGGGAGAGGACGUGGAGAUGAUUCUCUAUAAGCUGCUGCAGAGCGCCAAUUUCAGUGUGUCAGCAGCGCAGCAGGGCAUCGUGUAUAUCGACGAGAUCGACAAGCUUACCAAGAAGGCAGAGGGCAUCACGAGCACACGGGACGUGUCAGGGGAGGGCGUGCAGCAGGCGCUUUUGAGGAUGCUUGAGGGCGCUGUGAUCAAUGUGCCAGAGAAAACAGGGAGGAAGAAUCCAAGAGGCGAGUUCAUACAGCUGGACACACAGAACAUUCUCUUCAUCUGUGGAGGGGCAUUCGUGGAUCUGGAAAAGACGAUUGCAGAGAGGAAGCACAAGUCAUCCAUCGGCUUCGGGGCCCCCGUGCGCGCAUCGCUGCGCAACCGAUCGGUGCUUGACGCCCGCACUGCCGGCUCGCUGCUGCAAUCGGCAGAGAGCACGGAUCUGAUAGCCUAUGGGCUCAUCCCUGAGUUUGUGGGGCGAUUCCCCGUGCUGGUGGGGCUGCAUGCGCUCACAGAGGAGCAACUCGUGCAGGUUCUCUUAAAGCCCAAGAACGCCCUCAGCAAGCAAUUCGCCAAGCUAUUGGCCAUGAACAACGCCCGCUUGCACAUGACGGAGGGGGCAGUGAGGGCCAUAGCGCGCAGAGCAGCAGCGCGAAACACGGGGGCCAGGGGGCUGCGAUCGCUGCUGGAGGGGCUGCUCACCGAGGCUAUGUACGAGGUCCCCAGCUCUCUGGUGGAAGCAGUGGUGCUGGACGAGGCAUCGGUGGGGCACGAGGGGGAGGAGGGCGAGGACGGGGUACCGGGGUGUGGGGCCCACAUACUGCAAGGGGAGGGCUCGUGGGAGCGGUGGUUGCAGGAUAACGAGGGGGGAGGAGAGAAGGCGGGAGGGAAGGGAGAGGAGGGCCAAGGGGGAGGAAGCAAGGGAGGCUCAUCUGGGGGAGGUGGAAGUGAUGAGGAAUCGGAUGCAGCUCCUGCUCUUGCCACAGCCACUGCAGCUUGA